AUGGACUUCCUUCUGUGGCGAGCAAAAGAACAAGGCGUGGGUACAGAAGUGAUGAAGGUAUUUCCAUGGCUAUUGUGGUAUAUAUGGAAAUCGCACAAUGAAAAACUCUUCAACAAUAAAGACAUUGCACCCAUGGACACGCUCAAUCUUGCUGAAAACGAAUCCCAAAGCUGGUUCUUAGCUCAGGUUCUCCCGAGUCUGUUUGAAACCGCUGCAGACGAACAACAUUCCACGACGACCGAAAGGACAGAUUGCCAAGAUCCAUUCAAAUGGAGAUGCCAAGUCGAUGCCUCCUGGACAGGUGAAAAGGAAGGCUGUGGGUUAGGGUUCAUAGCAUUGGAGGAAAAUAAGCCAAGUCUCUACGGAGCAAGAGGAGGAAGAGCCAAGACACCCCUACACGCAGAGGCGAAUGGUCUGAUUUGGGCAAUGCAGGAGAUAACAAAGCUUGGACUUCAAGUUAUGCAUUUUGAAACAGACUGUGAGCAACUUGUGAACAUAAUUAACAGGGAGGAAGAUUGGCCAGCGCUGGCGAUGGAGAUAGAUGAAAUAAAAGACCUUACAAGAAGCUUUACGGAGUUCUCGAUGUCAUUCAUACCUAGAGUUUUAAAUAUCCGAGCAGAUGGCCUAGCGAAAGGCGCGAGAUCACGAGCCCUCCAGUUCCCAUACGUAGACGGUUGUGCACCAAGAUGGCUACCUAAUACUGGUCAUAUGGAUGCAAACUAG